CCCGAUGGCAAGAAAAUUCUCAAUUUACGCUUUAAUAUUUCUUGUUAUUAUUCUGCAGUUGUCUUCUUAUUUCAAUCCGUGCUCGGCCUCUAAUGGCAGUCACAAAGAGUUCAUAAGAAACUCUUGCAGGGCAACAAGCUACCCCAAAUUAUGCUUGAAAUCUCUAGCACGCCAUGCCAGCAAAAUCAGAGGCGACCCCAAGCUAUUGGCCCAUACGGCGCUCAACGCGACGUUUUUCGCCGCGAAAUCGACGUCGAGGUUGCUAAGAGACAUGUCGAGGAUCCAUCGACUGAAGACCAACGAAGAGGCCGCCAUGACGGAUUGUGUCGCGGACAUAAGUGACUCGAUGCAGAAGUUGCGGAUGUCUAUAGAGGAGAUGGACCGUGAAGGCGAUCGCGUCCGUGCCGGUGGCUCGGAUGUGCUUCGAGUUCAGAUGAACGAUAUACAGAUGUGGGUUAACACGGCGUUGGAGGAAGAGGAGACUUGCAUGAAUGCGUUGGCUAACAUAAAGAUCAAGGCGAAAAUGAAGAAUGGGGUGAGGAGACGCAUCGUUAAGGUUGCGCAUUUGACAAGCAAUGCACUGACACUUGUCAAGAGCUUUGCCUUGGCUCCAAGGAAUGAAAAAUUACCUUUAAAGCCCUUAUUUUCCUCUAGGAAAUACAUUGAAGAAGGCUUAUUACCAUACUAAAAUACUAUAAUAUUGAUAAAAUAAAUUCCAAGUGAAUGUUUCAAUAGUUUAUUAUUCCCAAAUGUAAGGAAGUAGCCCUUCUUCUUAAUGAUCAUUAUUGCUAUUGUGAUA